AUGGGAUGCUCAGUGAGUACACAGACACUAGAAGAUGAGAAUGAUCCGUUUAUACAGGACCGCCGGGCAAACGACGCGAUUGAACAGAACCUGCACCAGGAAAAGCAGCGAGGGAAGAACGAAGUAAAACUGCUCCUAUUGGGCGCAGGAGAAUCCGGAAAAUCGACGGUAUUGAAGCAGCUAAAGCUGCUUCAUCAUGGGGGAUUCACCCACGAAGAGCGUCUGCAGUACAGCCAAGUGAUAUGGGCUGACGCAAUACAGUCAAUGAAGAUCCUCAUUAUCCAGGCCCGGAAGAUGGGAAUCUCGCUGGACUGCGACGACCCCGAAAAGAACCGGCCGCUGUUCGAGUGCAAGAGAGCGGUCCUGCAGGCGAAGGCACUGGACUGCAUCGACCCAGAUAUGGCCGGCGGCCCGGAGUUUUUGAAUGACUACGUUCUCAAGUACUCCGAGCGCAGCGAAAAUAAGCGGCGGGUGCAGAGCACGGGCAAGGCGGAGGCAUUCACACCCGAGAGCGGCGCUCCCAGCAGCGGCAUCGAUAUGCAGGAGCUGUCCCUGGGGCUCAAUGAGCAGUCGGGCCACAUGGGCCCCAGCGGACUCUUUGUGCGAGCGCAACCCGCCGCACAGCCGCUGCCAAAGCGCACCUCCAACGUGCAGGUCGCCGCUGCCAUCCGCAAGCUAUGGGAUAACGACCGCGGAAUCCGCCAAUGUUUCGCGCGCUCCAACGAGUUCCAGCUCGAAGACUCGGCGGCAUACUACUUCGACAACAUCGAGAAGUUCGCACGCCCGGACUACGUCUGCACCGACGAGGACAUCCUCCGCGGCCGCAUCAAGACCACCGGAAUCACAGAGACCCGCUUCAAUAUCGGGGCCAGCAAGUUCAACGUGCUAGAUGCAGGCGGGCAGCGCUCCGAGCGCCGCAAGUGGAUCCACUGCUUCCAGAGCAUCACCGCUGUCCUCUUCGUGCUCGCCGUCAGCGAGUACGACCAGAUGCUAUUCGAGGACGAGCGCGUCAACCGCAUGCAGGAGGCGAUCAUGCUCUUCGACACGCUGCUCAACUCCAAGUGGUUCUACAAUACCCCGUUUAUCCUCUUCCUCAACAAGGUCGACCUCUUUGAGGACAAGGUUAAGCGCUCGCCCAUCCGCCAGCACUUCCCGGACUACCCCGGCAGAGUCGGCGACGCAGAGACGGGGCUCAAGUACUUCGAGCGCAUCUUUCUCUCCCUGAACCGCUCCAAGAAGCCUAUCUACGUACAUCGCACAUGUGCCACAGACACCCAGAGCAUGAAGUUCGUACUCAGCGCUGUCACUGACCUAAUCGUCCAGCAGAACCUGAAGAAAAGCGGCAUCCUUUAA